AUGAUGGCGACCACCUCGUCCGACACCGGUACACCCUUAGCCUACCUCUCCGCUCCCUUCCCCUCCUCUCGAGCGCUCAACGACUACUCGAUCACCCCUUCGGUCCCUCCCCCCUCCUCCGACACCACCCCUCCCACCCAUCUCUACACCGACCUGCCACCCCACCUGAUGCAACCCGACAACACGCCCGACUACCUGCGUCUCAUCCUCAACGCAGACAUCUACGAUCUUGUCAAGCAAACGCCUCUCCAACCUGGCAUCAACCUCUCGGCAAAGACUGGCUGCUCCGUCCUCCUCAAGCGCGAAGAUCUGCAACCCGUCUUUUCCUUCAAACUUCGGGGUGCAUUCAAUAUGAUGCAGCAACUCGAUUCGGAGCAAAAAUGGAAAGGCGUCAUCGCCUGCUCCGCCGGAAACCACGCGCAAGGAGUGGCGAUGGCAGGAGCGCACCUGAGUAUUCCCUGUACGAUCGUUAUGCCCAAGGGGACGCCCGAGAUCAAAACGGCGAAUGUGAAGAGGAUGGGUGCAAAUGUCGUCUUGUUCGGACAGGAUUUCGAUGAGGCGAAAGCGGAAUGUACAAGGUUGAGCAAGGCGUAUGGAUUGACGAUUAUUCCUCCUUUUGAUCAUCCGAGGGUCAUUGCCGGGCAGGGGACGAUUGCGGUUGAGAUUUGCAGACAGACGGAUAUGAGUACGGUGGAUGCCAUCUUUUGUUGUGUCGGAGGCGGAGGCUUGUUGGCCGGGGUGGGGGCGUAUAUUAAGAGGAUUGCUCCUCCGCAUGUUAAGGUGAUCGGCGUUGAGACGUUUGAUGCUGACGCGUUGGCGCAAUCGUUGGAGGCAGGCCAUAGGGUUCUCCUCAAUGAGGUCGGCUUGUUCGCCGAUGGUACGGCGGUGAGGAUUGUGGGAGAGGAAUGUUUCAGGAUCUGCAGGGAGACGGUGGAUGGAGUGGUUAGGGUGAAUAAUGAUGAGAUUUGCGCUGCGAUCAAGGAUGUGUUCGAAGAUACCAGGUCCAUUCCUGAACCUUCCGGUGCUUUAGCUGUCGCGGGGAUGAAGCGAUACAUUGCCACACAUGGUUUGGCUGGAAGCGGAAAAAAGUUCGUAGCCCUCGUUUCUGGCGCAAAUAUGAACUUUGGCCGUCUCCGCUUCGUUGCAGAACGAGCUGAGUUGGGCGAGAACAAAGAAGCACUCCUCAGCGUAGAAAUCGCAGAAGAGCCUGGAGCAUUCCUUCGGUUGCACAACCACAUUCACCCGCGGGCAGUAACUGAAUUCAGUUAUCGAUACUCUGACCGGCACAAAGCUCAAAUCCUUCUCUCGUUCAUGCUUAAUGGUACCAAGACGUCUCUCCCGCCCCCUACCACCUCAGCGGAGGCACCAGGAACGGGCGCAAUGCCUGUCACUGAAAACAGUCCCCCCACCACCGCUGCUUGCGGCUCACUGUCCUCCUCCACCGCCUCUCUCAACACCGAGCCUGCUCGGAUGGCAGACUGGCUCACAGCAAGCACUCUCUCUGGCGGGUCGGAGCUAGAAUCUAUCCUAGCAGGAUUAGCGGCGGAUGGAAUGACAGCAAUCGACGUUUCCGGCGAUGAAGUAUCCAAGUCUCACCUCCGCUACCUCGUCGGUGGGAAGACAAGUGUCGACAACGAGCGGGUUUUCAGAUUUGAGUUCCCAGAGAGACCAGGUGCGCUGAGGAAGUUUUUGGUUGGCAUGCAGAGCGGUUGGAAUGUUUCCUUGUUCCACUAUAGAAACCAUGGUGCAGAUGUUGGUAAGAUUCUGCUGGGCAUUCAGGCGCCCAAACAGGACCAUGAACAGCUCGAACAGUUUUUGAAGGAUUUGGGUUACAUGUAUCAUGAAGAGACGCACAAUCCCGUUCUUCGAAGGUAUCUUGGUGCUGAUGUUUGA